AUGGAUACCCAGACCACUGGAGCCAAGCCUGCUGUGAAGAGCACCUUCCGUCGUCAGCCGCCAAAGCCCCUCGCGACGACCCGCUGCAGCGCCUCAUGCGACAGAGAGACGCCGCGUUUGCCGGGGUUAGAUCCGCAGGCAUCGCUCCGAAUCCACCAUCCCCAGCCGCCGCAGCAGCCCAUGCCGAUGCAGCCAUCGCUCCGGGGCCGCCGCCCCGGCAUCCUUGCCUUGCCGCAAAUCCGCGCCGACCGCCCAUCGAAGCAGCAGGAGCACGCCGCCCAGGCGCGCGCCACGCACGCCGUCGCAUCCGCUGGAGACCGGAUCCGCCACCCCCGCACCUCCACGCACCACAGGCCUCCGAGCCAUGCCGACGGCGCUGCCCGGGCCCUCCGCGCGCCCGUGCCGUGCACCUCCACAGAUCUACAGCAGCUUCAUCCCAGGAUCCUCGCGAUGCCAGAUCGACGCCAGCUCCACCCUCCGCUGCGUCGCCCAGCAGACGCCCAAGCUCCGAGGCCGCCGCCCCGGCUUCCGCCCACCGCGAGCACCGGCCACCGCCCCCAGCAGCAGCAGCCAGCCUCCAGCGGCAUCGAUGGAGACACCGGCGCGCGAGGGAAGGCCACCGCGGCCCGGCCCCAGCCAAGCACCGCCGCAUGCGCGCAUCGGCCGCCGCCGCUCGAGAUCCAUCCGGGAUCUGCCGAGGCGCGUGCGUGGGAAGACGGCCCCGCCGCCGCCGACGCCGUGCGGGCUUUGCCUGGCGGCGGCGCGGCGAGGGGUGGAGGUGGGAGGUGGCCGGCGCCCGAGGCGCUCAGUUCCGCCCGCUCCUGGGAGAGCGACGCGGGGGCGUUUUGA